AUGAAAGUAAUAUCGGUGAUAAAUGAUAAGAAUCGAUUCAUUGAAAAUAUAUCUUUGAUGUAUCCAUCGGUUAAUUUUUUUCGUGUGCUUGAAGAGAACAGUAAAGAUCCAUUAAAGUAUAAUGACGAGGAAGAUUAUAAAGAUACAUCUCCUAGUUGGUCCACUGUUGUAUGCUAUGAUAAUAGUCUGUGUCAGCUAUAUCCAUCGACACUUGCUGACAAAAACGGUACCGUUUGCCGUGAUAUCACUGAAUUCACUUGGUUGCCAUUUGACAGUAAGGAAUGGCCUGUUCUUUAUUCCAUGAUAGAAAGAACGUUCUAUGCAUGCGCUUUACCGAUUAACUUUAAUCGAUCAUCAUUUUUGUUCCAUUGUCCUAAUACACAUACGUAUCUUUCAAAACAUCGAGUGAGAGAUGGUAUUAGUGACUGUCUGUUUGAUUCAGAUGAACUGGAACCAUUGGAGAACGUGUGUACCGUACUCAACAAUCAUUUUCAAUGUUUAUUGAAAGAUGACUGUGUUCAACGCAAAAAUCUUUUUGGAAAUCGUGAAGGCACUUGCAAAGAUGGUUCAGAUAUUAUGCUGCCAUUGAGAUGUAGUUCUGUGGAUGAUCUAGGUUGUCGAUAUCUUCGAAACGAAUCCUCUAUUCAAAUCAAUGAUAUUUUUCUAUUUCAAGAAAUAUGUAAUGGAGUUGUUCAUCCUCAUCUGGAAGGUGAUGAUGAAAUGAAUUGUGAUGAAUGGAAAAUAUUUUGUAAUUAUAAGUAUGUAUCGGAAUGCGAUGGAAUUAGUCAGUGUACAGAUGGUCGAGAUGAAUAUGCUAGAGAAUUAAGAUGCGCUUUUUCUGCUGAAAAAGACAUUUCAUGUCUUAAUCCUAAUAAUAUAAGUCGGAAUCAAUAUUUUUUGCCAAAAGAAAAGAUUAAUGACGGAAAUACUGAUUGCCUAGGAGGAGUUGAUGAAGAAGCAAAACACUGUCGAAGUAAAUAUCCAACAGAUUUAACUCGACGUUAUCGUUGUUGGAAUAGUUCAGAAUGUAUUCGAAUUGAUCAGUUGUGUGAUGGUUUUGAAAAUUGUCCAUUAUAUGGUGAUGACGAACGGAUCUGUCCAUCUCGAGCUCUGCAUAAUUGUUCUAACGAGGGAACCGCCCCAGGUGCCCAACUCCGAUUUCCUUCAUUCAUACCUCGUUUUAUAGAGCACAUCGAGCUGGUAAAAAGCCUAAAAGGAUAUCUGCUCAUGACUCUUGAAGACCCGGUUUUCUG